AUGGCGGCGGCGGCGCGGGUGUCGUGCCAGGGCUGCGGGUCGGGCCGCGCGGCGCUCCGGCGCCCCAAGACGGGGCAGGCGCUGUGCCGCGGCUGCUUCGCGGCGGCCUUCGAGGCGGAGGCGCACGGCGCCAUCGUGGCGGCGCGGCUGUUCCGGGCGGGCGAGACGGUGGCGGUGGGGGCGUCGGGCGGCAAGGACUCGACGGUGCUGGCCCACGUGCUGCGCCUGCUCAACGAGCGCCACGGCUACGGGCUGCGCCUGCUGCUGCUCGCCGUCGACGAGGGCAUCGCCGGCUACCGCGACGACUCGCUGGCCGCCCUGCGCCGCCACCGGGCCCGCCUGGGCCUGCCGCUGCACGUGGUCUCCUACCGGGAGCUCUACGGCUGGAGCAUGGACCGCAUCGCCCGCCACGUCGGCCCCAGGAACAACUGCACCUUCUGCGGCGUCUUCCGGCGGCAGGCCCUCGACCGCGGCGCCGCCUUGCUGGGGGCCGACAAGAUCGCCACCGGUCACAACGCAGACGACGUAGCUGAGACGGUGCUGAUGAAUUUCCUGAGAGGGGAUGUGGGUCGGCUCCAACGCUGCGCGGGAAUCUUGACCGGUGGCGAGGGGGCCUUGCCGCGGUGCAAGCCCCUGAAGCACGCCUACGAGAAGGAGAUUGUCCUGUACGCCUACUUCCAGGGCCUGGACUACUUCAGCACCGAGUGCGUCUAUGCACCCAACGCGUACCGCGGCCACGCCCGCACCCUGCUCAAAGACCUCGAAGCUGUGCGGCCCAGUGCCGUGGCCGACCUGGUGCACUCGGGCGAGCGGCUGGCAGUGCGCCAGGAUGUGCGCAUGCCCACCCAGGGCACCUGCCGGCGUUGCGGCUACCUCUCCAGCCAGCCCCUUUGCAAAGCUUGUGUGCUGCUGGAAGGGCUCAACCGCGGCCUGCCUCAGCUGGCGAUCGGCAAGCCCGGCCGGCUACAGAAGGCACUGACCGACGCCAGGAAGUCGGAGGGGGGCUUCCAGGAAGGCUCUCAGCAGGACAGCAAAGCCACUCGGACCAUAGACUUCUGA